UCAGAGUUUUAUAGUACUGACAAAUAUGUCGGCCUCUGGGAGUCUACUGCUGCCUAACAAUUUUAUGGAUACAUGAGAAGUACACACGCUUGGGACUGUGCUUAUUUUUUUUUUCUUCUUCUCCCUAACUUCCGUGUUUGCGGAGAAGCCUGCGGGGAAGUUAAAGAAGCGAAGAGUUAGUUGCGCUGACUGCAGCUAGCCAAAACCUUUUAUAAAUUAGCCUGGGAGAGCUAACGUUAGCGUUUGAAAGCAGGACAGAUUAAUGACAUGUCGGGAUAAUAAUGGAUGUGUCGAGGUUAUCCGUGCUGAUUUUUCACCCCAAGAGACACUAAACAACUAAAGGACUGGGACAUCUUUCUGCUAAACCCCUCACAGGUGCAGCAUCCUGACCAACCAUCAGGCUGGAUCCAUAUGUUUUUCACCCGUGAUGAUCAACAUUUGUAUUACAUCCGUUGGAUUUAAGAGUUUUCAGAAAUUGGAGAAGGACCCAAACAAUCCUUGAGAUAGAAAUGGCCCUGGGAGUCUUCAUCCUCAACACAUAAAGUGCACGCUUUUUCACAUUUCAUUGAGGUUAUUUUUGCUCUGGAGAGUCUGAACCCUCGAAGGGAUUGUUGCAAGAGGGCGUUAUCCAAGCCUCAGUGCUCUCCGCUGGGGAAGGAAGCCGAGGGAAGGCCCUGGAGAAAACGGCCUUGGGAGGCCAAUAGUUGCAUAACUAACAGUCCAGUAAAGCAGCAGAACAGGGAGGGAACUGAGAUGUUCUAUGCGAUCUGACUGAUAUAUCAGAUAUGAUGACUAUCUAUUCACUCUAAUCGUAGCUCUUUCUCAAAUUAUUUCACGUACAUGGAUACUGAUGGAUGUUCUCCUGGGUUUUCCCUCACAUGUUUCGGAAAGAACCCCUCCAUCACUUCCUGCUUUUUGUCUUCCAAUCACAUCCCCGGUGCAACAGGCAGGUGAGCUGGUCUGAAUCAGCCACCGACGGGGUUUAGGGAUGCCCCGACACAGGAAAACCAGGCUGCUCCACUGGCCCGCUUACAGACUCCUGUUUCUAAUACGAGUCCUGGACUGAAAGCAAAUUGUCUCCUUCUCUGACAGAGAGCAGGAGAGAGGGGUUAUUGUUUUUUUUGUUUGUUUUUUUGUUUUUCAAGACUUUUUCUCACAUCAAAUGUUGAUCUGCCAGUGCGAUAAAUCAAAUUUCAUUCUCCAAUAGCACCUUCAUCUGCACUGCUUCUCUGAUGAAGAGAGUCACAGAGGAAGAAAAAUAGAAAUCUCAGAUUAUUUCUUUCUCUUUUUCAUUUCUUUGCAGUUGUUCUAAAACAGGUCUACCUCUCCUUACUCUGGUACCUCACUAAAUUGCCAGUUAUUGACCAAUUCAAUCAAACUGCAUCAGUUAAAUAUCAGACUUUUGGCUCAUAAGUUCACCUGUCCCUCAGUUUUAGACUCUCACACCACUGAACAACUAGAGGUAAUUCUGUGUCUGCAAAGGGGUUUCCUUAUCUAUUUAUAUUUUACUUUUGAAUGUCAUCCAUCUUUCGUUAAUUGCACUAUUAUUAUUAUUCUUUCACCAAGCCUUUUAUUCACACUGCUGUGAAAUAAGCAGAACAUCUUUUUAAACCCAUAAGAAUGAUGACUUUUAUAUUUGCUUUCGUACGUAGUUGAUGGAAUCAUUGAGUAGACAAGAUUCAAACUGGUGGUCUGAAUUGAUCUAAAAGUCUUUAAGAGAUUGGCCGGACUCCUAUUCCUCUUCCCAUCAGUGGCUUAUUUGUUCAUCCCACCUUCCCACCUGUUUUUUGAGCUGAUAGAAAAACAAGGCCUUUACAUGCAGAGCGACCUGUAAGCUUCUUUUAAUCUGGAACACACACCCACAGAAGAUCAGGAUUGACCUAAGACAAGCUUCUCCUACUAUCUCCGUGUUGUGAUGCACAGGAGUGUGUUUGUCUGUUUUACAUAAAGGACCCAUCAUCAACUAUCGCCAUAUUUUUAUUUUUUAUUGCUACUCCAUCGCCUCUACCCCAAAUACCCAUCAAUAAACACUUUAAGAAACAUUAAGCUCUGAAUGAGAUAUCCCUUGGAGUAGUAGUAGUAGCAGAGCAGACAGCCACACAGCAAGUGAUGCCAGGUGGGAGUAGUAAGAGUGGAGGGCGGGGUCCAUCCUCCUCCCCCCUCCCCCACACCGUCGUCCCACCAAGCAGACCGUUGCGACCCUCCCGCUACGUCCCGGUGUCGGCGGCCACGUUCUUCCUGGUUGGCUCCACCACGCUUUUCUUCUGCUUCACUUGUCCGUGGCUGUCGGAGCGUUUCUCCGUAGCUGUGCCGAUCUAUAAUGGAGUCAUCUUCUUGUUUGUUCUGGCAAACUUCUGUAUGGCCACAUUCAUGGAUCCUGGCAUCUUCCCCAGAGCGGAAGAGGACGAGGACAAGGAGGACGAUUUCCGUGCUCCGCUCUACAAGACGGUGGAGAUCAGAGGGAUCCAGGUCAGGAUGAAGUGGUGUUCAACGUGCCGCUUCUACAGACCGCCGCGGUGCUCCCACUGCUCCGUCUGCGACAACUGUGUGGAGGACUUCGACCAUCACUGUCCGUGGGUGAACAACUGCAUCGGCAGGAGGAACUACCGCUACUUCUUCCUCUUCCUCCUUUCUUUGACGGCCCACAUCAUGGCCGUGUUCGGCUUCGGCCUGCUCUUCAUCCUCUACCAUCGCCAGAACAUCGACCGCCUGCACGCCAUCGUCACGCUGGCUGUAAUGUGUGUCGCAGGCUUGUUUUUUAUCCCUGUUGCUGGUCUGACUGGUUUCCACAUCGUGCUGGUGGCCAGAGGCAGGACGACCAACGAACAGGUAACGGGUAAAUUCAGAGGAGGUGUGAACCCAUUCACAAAUGGAUGUUGGAAGAAUGUCUCGCAUGUCCUCUGCAGCUCUCAGGCACCCAGGUAUCUGGGCAGAAAGAAGUGUGUGCAGAGUGUGUGUGUACAGCCUCCUUUUCUGCGGCCGCAGCUGACAGAGGCCCAGCUGGCCGCAAAGAUUCUGGACAACGGCAUCCAGGGAGACCUGCACCGGUCUAAGUCCAGUCUGGAGAUGAUGGAGAGCCAGUCGUGUGACGCCGAGCCUCCUCCUCCUCCGAAACCGGAGCUCCGCUACCCCGGAAUCACCCGGGGGAACACGGAGGAGUGCAGUCUGCUGAACAAAGCCCCUCCCACUCCGACCAUGUACAAAUACAGGCCCACCUACAGCCCCGGCAAGAACCACACAGCGCUCACACAUGCUUACGCUAAUCAGUUAAGUCGAGGGGAGAGCGUUGGCAGUGCCAGAGAUUCCUCCUCAUCCACCUCCUCCCUCCUCCAGUCCAGCCAGCAGCCUGGUUUCCGCUCCCAGCCCAGCCUGGACCGCAGGGACACUUCAUCGGACAGAGUGGGAGGGGGAGGAGGUGGGGAGAGAAGGGAGGCAGGGAGAGAGGUUGGAGGAGGGGGUAUCCCCGGCUACACCCUUGGCGGACGCUCCUAUCCUUCCUUCUCCGACCCCACCGUUCUGUCAGGAGUGGCGUCGCGAUCUUCAAGCUCCACGCACACCUCGGCAGGUGCAGCACACGUCUCCGAGGCAACAACCACUUCCACCAGUUUCAAGAGCUUAGCCAAUCAGACCCCACCGCCUCAUCACCCGUCACGCAACGGGAGCCUGUCAUAUGACAGCUUACUGGCAGGUGGGGAAGACUUAGCCAAAGGGGUGGUGGCUGGUUCAGCAGCCCCUGAGGUUCCCUCUGGUAGACCCUGUACGCCAGCAUCAGGUGGCUACACCUCCCCCUUCCUGUCGUCGCAGCAGAGAGGAGCCGAGAUGCACUCCCAGACCUCUCAGUCACCCCACCACCGCUCAGCCCACCAACACCAUCACCCCUUCCUCCAUCGCUCGUCCUCCUCGACAUCCUCCUCCCCGCCUCCUCUUCUAGAGAGGGAGCGGAUGCUGGGAGAGCCACAGCCUGGCGCUCAUCCCCCAUCAGCCAAUCUAAGCUCUGCUCCCCCCUCCUCUUCUGCCCCACCUCUCCCACACCAUCAUCAUCGCCACCAUCACCACCACCACCACCACUCCCAUCAUCACCACCACUCCUCCACCUCCCGCCCUCCACGCUUUGCUCCUCCUCACGCACCGCCACACCACGCUUAUCCCUACCGCACCCGCUCCACAGACACCCCACUGGGCUCCUCCUCCACCUCCACCACCCACCCUCCCCGCUCCCCGCAUCCUCCACCUCUGGGCAAGUCACUGUCUUAUUCGAGUGCUGCUGCCGCCGAAAUGCAGUACAGGCUGGUCCGAAAGGCCUCUGCGUCAGCUGGAGCGAAUGCAGCGGGGGUAGGAGGAGGUGGAGGGAUGGGAGGAGGAGGAGGAAUACAAGCUCCGAAGGAUGAGCUGAUCCAGAUGAACCAUCUGAGUCGGACCAACGGCAACCAGCCCUUCUCCCCGACCUACUCCUGCUCCGCCCCUGCCUCUCCCUCCCACCCGAUCGGCGUGUCUGCCCGGCCCGGACUGGCCUAUCCGAGCUCGACAUUGCUGCAGAGUCCCGCCCAUAAGCCCCAGGGCAGUGGGGUGAAGAAGGUGACGGGCGUUGGGGGCACAACCUAUGAGAUUUCUGUCUGAGUGGCCGCUGCCCGCCUGCCCGCCUGCCCGCCUGCCCGCCUGCAUAAAGGACCAAUGAGAAGAAGCUAAGAUGCAGCCAUCUCUCUUUGACAUGGAGGAGAGAUAAAAAAAAAAAAAAACAUAAACAUAGACAUCUAUGGAUGCGUUGAACCAUAUUGUCCAGAUCUCUCUCCUUGUUGGCCGAUAAAUGUGGAGCUAAAGUGAACUGAACCCUCAUAGCUCCAACUUAAAAACUGCACUAAAGAUGGCGGUUGGAGCCAGGACUCGCUAACUCUGGGCUGUGACAGACUUCUUUUUUUUUUUUCUAGACCAAACAGGAAUGAGGAUUUGGCUAAUUUUUGAUGGUCUUGUCCUCACUGUAGCUCAGCAGGUAGCACAGGUAGGUCUGGGUCUUACAUUAUACAAGUACAGCAGCGCAAUGCGUAAACACUGCCAGGGCGAGGAGCUCGACCCCCCCCCCCCCCCACCGGGUCCAACAGGGAGUUCUGGAUUUACGACGGCUCAUAUAUGCACUUUGGACUUGAGCUGCAUUAGGUUUAAAAAAAAUAAAAAAAAGGUGCGGAUGUUAAUAUGUCAUCAUUUUCAUGCUCACAUUUAGAACACAAAAGCCCGUCAUGAAGACAUGAUAACAUGUAGCCCGAUCAAGAUCAGAGUAACCAUUCGAAGUCGAGGGCUGCCCACUGACGACCAGUGAACUAAAUGUGAUCAGUCGGAUCAAAUCAGAGCACAUCUUGUUUUUACCUACGAGUAAUUAAAUCCCUGACAUGUUAAGACAGAGCCCAGUUCAAUCAAUAAUAUAAUUCCCCUUUAAUCUAAUUAAAGGCCCCGAUCGUCGGUUACUUUGAAAAAUAGCGUCUAAUAAAUAUAGUGGGGUGAGAUUGCAUUGUAGUUUGUGUUCAGGUGUUGUGUGAUGCAUGGAGUCGGUAAAAGCCCAGACAGGAUCCCUGCAACCUGUCGUCCUCCUUCACAACCUUCCUUUUCAUUUGGAAACCGCACAACACGACAAGAGGUCGAUAAUCAGGCACUGAGCAGGAUCCACUCUGGACUCGUGACAAUCGACCAGCGGCAGAAAGGGGAACGAUACCCAUGAACUUCUCGAUUAAUCGAUGUUGCUGCGUGAUGUGACUUUUUGCCUUUUUGACCGAGGGAUGAAAUGUGACAAUGGGGGGGGGGGAGAGAAAAAGACGUCAUCAUGCUGAUUCCCUGUUUCUUUGAUUCAUUUGUUGAUAAAUUCUUAGAUGUGAAUAUGAUUCCAUGUUUGUACAGGAUGAUGUGGUUUUAAAUGUGGAUUUUCUUUUCUUCUUUUUUUUUUUCUAAGUGGCUGCAGCAUGCACUACUAUUACUUCGAGCCACUGUAGGCCGCUGUGUUCUGCUGUGUCUGUUUGAACAAACACCAAGUGAGGAAACUAAAGUGAACAAGGAAAUCAUGUUUUGGCCUUUUGUCGUUGAUGCGGUCCUUAACGAGGCAGAUUUUUUCUAGAAAAUUUAACUCCUCGAGCGAUUGCCUUGAGAAAUUCAAGUGUUUUUUUUUUAUGUCACCUAUUUAAUUUGAAAUUGUUUUAUAUGAAUUUGUAUGGAAAUAUAGUUAUUGAUAAAUGAAGAGUUUUUAAUGUCGACUCAAAGAAAGGUUGUGUUGUCAGACUCAGCAUAAAAAGAGCCCUUCUGAUUGGUUGAAACUGAACUGUCUUAUAAAUAAGUUGUCUGCCCUGAGA